UUCCGGUCCACGUCAGCACCGCCGCUGAGUGCAGAGCCGAUUCAUCACAGCCAGCAGCUCAUCAUCACACUGGACUGAUAUCACACAUAGCGAUGGAGACGAUAUACGGCUUACCCUUCGCCGUGCUGGAAUGUCCGAACAUCAAGCUAAAGAAGCCGUCAUGGCUGCACAUGCCGUCCGCGAUGACGGUCUACGCCAUCGUCAUUGUGUCCUACUUUCUCAUCACUGGAGGCAUCAUAUAUGACGUCAUCGUGGAGCCUCCAAGUGUCGGUUCCAUGACUGACGAGCACGGCCACCAGCGGCCGGUGGCUUUCCUGGCAUACCGAGUGAACGGCCAGUACAUCAUGGAGGGCCUGGCCUCCAGUUUCCUCUUCACCAUGGGGGGCUUGGGCUUCAUCAUCCUGGACCGCUCCAACGCGCCCAACAUCCCCAAGCUCAACCGCUUCCUGCUGCUCUUCAUCGGCUUCGUCAGCGUGCUGCUCAGCUUCUUCAUGGCCCGCGUGUUCAUGCGCAUGAAGCUGCCUGGUUACCUCAUGGGUUAAGGCGCCAAACCGACCAGCACAGGGGAGAGAAGACGGUCGAAUGGAGCAGUAUCGCCUCGUUUGGCUCCCAAAGGUUACUCCUCCACUUUGAUUGGACUUUCAUGGAUUCACCACACAUUAAGUGAAAGCAAGCACUGACCUAGAACUAAUACAUGAAUGUUCUGUCCAAGCGGUGUUUUCCCUAUUGUUCAAUUUACAAUUGAUUUGAAAAUAAAACCAACAUACCCACAAACUCAAAAUAAAAAGUUUCACGUUUGCUGUAUUGUCGCAGUAAUUUACACACAAUACAUGCAUACACACAUACACAUACAUAUGCACAUACAGAAUCCCAAUGCAUUGCACACAAAGCCAAAUGAAAAUGUGUACCUUUUUCAAUAUUACCAAUGGGAACAACACUAAAUUAGCUUCUUUCAAUGUUAAAAAAAUGAAUUUUGAGAGGCAGACGAAUUGUAUGUUUUUGUAAACGCAUCUGAAAGGCCUUUGCCCCCACACCUUUUGUGAUUUCUUUUUUUGUAUUGGAGGAAAAUAAACAAUGUUUCCUCGG